GGAGCCUAGUAGAAGCCUCAAGCUCUAACCGGCCAGGGUCUCUACUGCCUGGCCUUCGGUGCGUGCUCCCUCUGCUGACCGCGGUGCCCAGCGGCCGGCAAAGGGACGCGGCUCGGAAGCGAGAGGAGGAGCCUGAGGGCGGACGGGGGCGGAGCCCUGCUUGAGGGCGUGGCUUGUGAGGCCUCUGGGCGGGGCUCUGGGCGGGCCCCGGUGCGCCGCUGCGUUCCACCCUUCCGGCCCCGCGUUCCAUCAGCUGCUGGCACCUUCCGCCCAGCGCCGGCUUUCCGCGCGACGGUCGCCAAGUUCUAUUUUCGCGUGGCCUCUGCGGCGCCCGAGCCCGCAAUGUCGGGCCCCAACGGGGAUCUAGGCAUGCCGAUGGAUGUGGAAAUGGAAGACGAGAGUGACAGCUUCGGGGAAGCAGAGUAUGCUGCCAUCAACUCCAUGUUGGAUCAGAUCAACUCUUGUCUGGACCACCUGGAGGAGAAGAAUGACCACCUCCAUGCCCGCCUCCAGGAGCUGCUGGAGUCCAACCGGCAGACACGCCUGGAAUUCCAGCAACAGUUUGGGGAGGACCCCAGUGAUGCCAGCCCCUAGCUGCCAGGAGCCCCCAAGCAGGCCCCACCCUCACCUCUCUAGGCCAUGUUCUGGCCUGGGUAGAUACUACCUGGCUUAGACACCAUCUCAGGUACUGGCCUUCAGAUCCCCAGUGGGUCUUCCAGCCUGGACCAGGCCCCAAUGCCCAUCAUCCCUUCUGGAGCCAGGUGUGGUCCUACAACUUACUUGUCUGCCUGCCCAGCUCUCGUCUUUCCCCUCCCCCCUGCCCCAGGACUGAGUGUCCAUAUUAAAGCGAUCUCCCACACCACCGUC